AUGAGAGUUCUCUAUAUAAGGAGUAAGGACAUUGAAAAGUUUGGUUACUUGAACUAUGACAUUUCCGCAAAUCAAACACAUGCUAAUGACGAUGAUUUUGAUGAGCUAUUAGAGUAUGCUCUCAAAACCUACCAGCUCAAUUACAAUCUAAACGUUACUGGAGUUUUGGAUACCAAAAUUGUGUCCAAAAUGAGUAUGUCUCGAUGCGCAAUGACAGAUAUCGUAAAUGGCACAACUAGAAUGCGGUCGGGCAAGAAAAGGGUUAACCCCCACCCCCAUGGCUCUACCCAUUUCCAUACAGUCUCGCAUUUUGCGUUUUUUGAAGGAAACCCAAAGUGGCCAUCAAUGAAGUAUCAUCUCACUUAUGCAUUUCUUCCGAGGACACGAGCUGAUGCCGUGAGACCCAUUAGGCAAGCAUUCGCAAAAUGGGCUGCAAACACACAUUUCACAUUCUCUUGGACUCGUAACAUCAGAAGAGCUGACAUCAAGAUUAGUUUUGAAAGUGGUGAUCAUGGAGAUGGUAACCCUUUUGAUGGCCCUGGUGGAACUAUUGCUCAUGCAUAUCCCCCAACGGAUGGGAGGUUCCAUUAUGAUUCAGACGAGAAUUGGUCAGUGGGGGCAACACCUGGGGCAUUUGACUUGGAGACUCUUGCUUUGCAUGAAAUUGGGCAUCUUGUUGGACUCCAUCAUAGCUCAGUUGAGGAUGCUAUCAUGGCCCCUACUUUCUCUCCUGGAAGGGCAAAGGGUUUGCAUGGAGAUGAUAUUCAAGGGAUCAGGACUUUGUAUAAUAUUGUUUGA